GCCCUCACCCACUCCUACAGGAUCACGCCUCAAGUCAUGCCGCUCCCGCCAACACGCAGCAGCCGGCGGCUGGCACCUUCCUCGCCGCCGCCACAGCAGUUGUCCUCGGGCUCGUCCAGCUCGCUCGCCUCGACGUCGAGCGCACAAAGCGCCUCGGCUAUCCUGCUGCACCCCGACGCGCUGCCCUGCCUCAAGCGCCGCCAGCUCGUCAGCCUCUGUGGCCGCUUUGGGCUCAAGGCGUCCGGCAAGAACGUCGAGCUCGUCGCUCGCCUGCAGGAGUUUGCCAAGCGCAACGUCGACGCUGCGGGACCCACUGCCGGCUGCUUUGCCGUGCUGCGUCCUGUGAAGCCCGACGAGAUGCGCGAGGGCAGCGAAGAGCCGGCGCAGAUGCCGCAGCGUCCCGAGACACCGGCGAUGGAGGAGAUGCAGCAGCAGAGUGAGGCGGCAGGUGAGGACGUGGACAUGGAGGACGCGCGGCAGGAGGCCAGCCGGUCUUCGCAGGCCGAUGUGCAAGAGGAGAGCAUGGUGUCGACUGCGCCGCCCUCUCCGGCUCCCGCUCCCUCGCCGUCGCCGUCGCCGUCGCCGUCUCCAUCGCCGGCCGUGCGCCGCACUCGCCGCGCCACGCGCGCAACGGUGCUUCCUGCUGCAGCUGCCCCUUCGCGAGCAGUCGCAGCAGACGUCUCGUACCCGGCGCUGCCUUCGCUUCGCGCUGCUCCUACUGCUGUAGCGCCCGAGGUUGUCGCGCCCGCCGUGCCCGGCAGCUGGCAGCACGCCAUCUCUGCGCAAGGCGAGAUGAGCUUGCCAAGUCUCGAUCCGCUGCAGCCUUCGAUCCGACCGGUGGCUCACAUGCCGUCAGAUGGAGCAUCCGACUAUGGCUCCAGCUCCAUCUCCUUUCCCGGGCCCGCCUCGCCCAUCGCACCGGCGCCGCAAGACUUUGCGCCUGCGCCGCUCUUUGGCGCCCACAAGCGCACCACGAGCGCGACGAGCAGUCUGCUGGGCUCGCUGCGCGGCCUGCGCGCAAAGGGCAAGGUGCUGGGCGAGGCGCUCAAGGGCAAGCGCAAGCGCGCUGCCAGUGAUGACGACGUGCUUGCGAACGCAACGCCGCAGCGCCGCAGGGCCAACGAUGACGCCGAAAUGAGCUUCGUGCUCGUCUCGCCGGCCCCGCGCUCCGCAGCACAAGCAGAGCAGGAGGCCGACAUUGGCGAUGCAAGCACCAUUGGCGCCUCGUCUCGCCGCGGCAGCACCGUCGGCGCCUCAUCGUUGCGCUCGCUCUUCGAUCCGCCAGCUCCCUCGCCGCGCUCGUGCAUUGCACAGACGGCGCCGCUGCGCAUCAUCAAGGCGCAGCCUCGGCCUUCGCGGGCCCUGCAGCAGGCUCGCAGCUCCAUGCUGCCUCCGGCGUCGCCUGCCGCCUCUCCUGCCUCUUCUCUGCCCGCAGCUUCGCCAGUGCCGAACCCGCCACUGCCGCCGUCUGCUUCCGCCUCCGCCUUCUCCGCAGCGGGCGCCGCCGUGCUGGCCGAGAUGAAUGCGCGUCUCGUAGCAGCCGGUCGUGCGCCGCUCGUCUCGUUCCCCGACGCCUCGACGUGGGCAGCUCGCCGUGCUGCAGCGCCAAAGAUGCCGCCGCUCGACCCGCAGGACCGCUUCGAGAGCACACAUCAGCGCGGCUUUGGCAGCAUGCGCAGCAUCACUGAGCACUACGCUGCGCGUCGGACGGCAGCACGCAAGAGCGGAGGCGGCGCAGCCAAGGCGCCGCUGCGUCCGAACGCUCGAGCGGCGGCAGCAGCGGCAGCAGCGAAGCCUGCGGCUAUUCCGGCACGAGCGCAGAGCAACGAGGAUGGAGAGGCGCCGUCGAAGCGCAGUCGACUCGUGUCGGGCACCAAGAUGCGCAGUGCCAGCGCAGCCAGCAGUGCGGCACAGGUGCUUGCGGCCGCAAAGGCGCGGCAGCAGGCCGUCUUCGGCUCGACGGCUUCGAAGACCAAGGAUGCGCCUGCCGCUUCGCUCUCUUCGUCGACGGCGACUGCGCCGGCAGGCGGAGCCACGCUUGGCGGUCGCAUCAAGGGCGCUGUACGCGGCUUCGUCGGAAGCAGUGGGACGCGCGUCGCCAGCGUCUCGAAGCCCGUGCUGCCAGCCAAGGCCUCGACUAUCAGCGGCACCCCUCGUCCAACGUCUGUGCGCAGCGCAAGCACGCUGUCGCAGCCUCGCCCUGCCGCCAUGGGUAGCUCGAGCCUCGGCUUCUCUCAACGCGCUCCUUCCUCCAACGCCACUGCGCGACCCGCAGCAGCGCAGCGCACCGCCUCUGCCGCGUCGACGAGCAGCAGCGCCGGCGCGAGUGGCAGUAUCUCCAAGCGGCCCGUCUUCGAUCUGGCUGCCAGUCUGGCGCGCAAGCCCACGUACAAGCCCUACUCUGCCGCCGAGGCACUCGCGGGCCUCUCUGCGCCGACUACGCUGCCCGGCAGCAUCUCGACUUCUCGCGUGACAUCGCCCGUCGCGGCUGCGUCUCGUCCCGCUCGCGGCGCCGCCUCGCGCACCGGCGACAGAGAGCGCAAGGUGCGCUCCUCGAUGCACCCUACAGCCCGCGGUGUCGCCGGCGCAAAGAAGCCGCGCCUCAGCGCUCAGGGCAAGGCCAUUGUGCGUUCGGCGCGCGAGGCUCAGCUUGGCCGACAGCCGGUCGGCGCAGCGAGUGCCGCAGGCAUCAAGAGGACGCCUGCGGCAACGGCAGCGCUCAAGAGCAAGACCCUGCCGCCGCUGCCUUCGAUGCAGAGCCAGGCGACGCUGCAGAAGCGUGCGCUCGCUCCACUUCGCAAUGCUGCGCCUGCACCUGCGCGCCCAGCGCUCUCCUCUGCUUGAUGCCCAACGCACCAGCACAUGCUCGCUCCUUCUUCGCCUGCCCUCUCGCCUACUCUUCCAGGCCGCACGCACACUGACCUAUGCUUCACCUCUCUGCUCUCAUACUUCCUCCCGCCGCCGCUGCCACCAGCGCUGCCGCCUAGAGACCUGCUUCUCGAUGUAUUUGCCAUACUCACCCUCGUCUUGCCCUGUCCCUCAUGCCGAAUCCAUAGC